AUGACCGACUCCGAAAAGACCACAGCCGUGGCCGUCAGCCAGUCUACCCUCGAGCUGGACGAAAAGCGGCCCGACCCUGGGCCUCAUCCGGGAGAAGCAAAAAAGAAGUGUGCACCAGAGACUCAGUUGGAAGAUGAAGGUGGGAGUAGCAGACCAUCGUCCGUCCACACAAACCUUUCGGAUCGAGAACCGGUGGAAAAUUUGGAGCUCGGUCCUGUCACAACCGGGUCAAGCGUCUCCCCUCCUCCCGUUUCGAUUCCGAUGAGCAAGCGACGCGGAUUGUUAGCCCAACUUGCAUUAGUGCCAGAGGUUGAAGAACCAAAGCAUUAUCCCCGAAAAACUAAAUGGUUCAUUACCUUUGUCAUUGGCGUUGCUGCCAUGGCUGCGCCCAUGGGAAGCGCAAUCUUUUUCCCCGCCCUCGGCCAGGUCGCCGAAACCUUCAACGCUAGUCCCACGAUCACCAAUUUGUCUGUCGCUCUAUAUAUGCUUAGUAUGGGAGUAUUUCCACUCUGGUGGUCUUCAUUUAGCGAGAAGCUAGGACGUCGAACAAUAUAUCUAGUCUCCUUCGCAUUAUUUGUUCUAUGGAGUGUUUUGUCCGCCAUCGCCAGUUCCAUCGGGAUGCUCAUCGUGAUGCGGUUGCUGGGUGGCGGCGCUUCCGCAUCAGUGCAGGCAGUCGGUGCAGGCACGAUUGCGGAUAUAUGGGAAGUAAAGGAAAGGGGACGAGCGAUGGGUAUAUUUUACCUUGGCCCGUUGUGUGGGCCCCUCCUAGCUCCAAUUAUUGGCGGCGUUCUAUCACAGGCAUGGGACUGGCGAAGCACGCAAUGGUUCCUGGCCAUAUAUGGAGGAGUAGGCUUCCUUCUCCUGUUAUUCGGACUUCCAGAGACCUUGCCUCGGCCCAAAAAACCAUCUGCAGACUCCCAGGAAUCUGUUCAACGCUCCCUAAGUCGGGUCUCCUCUCGCCAGGUAGUUGAGGCGACGGCUAAAUGGCUGAAACUUGCGAGGAUAGUUUUUAUUGACCCUCUUGGAAUUCUGCUUUACCUCCGGUUCCCCGCCGUCCUAUUAACGGUGUAUUAUGGAAGCAUUGCCUUUGGCUCCUUAUACAUCUUGAAUAUCAGUGUUCAGGACACAUUCAGCAAGGCCCCAUAUAACUUUUCGAUGUUGAUUGUGGGUCUGCUUUAUAUCCCUAACUCGUUGGGAUACAUCGUUGCGAGUCUCACUGGCGGUCCAUGGAUGGACAGGAUUAUGCAGCGAGAGGCAAGACGUGCGAAUAGGGUUGACGAAAAUGGGAAGUUGAUAUAUCGCCCGGAAGAUCGCAUGCGUGAAAACGCCUGGCUAGGGGCGAUACUCUACCCGGUGGCUCUCAUCGUAUACGGAUGGACUGCUGAAAAGGGGGUUUAUUGGAUUGUUCCAAUCAUAUGCAACUUUUUCUUCGGUCUCGGCUCAAUGAUUAUCUUCAGCAUGUCCACGACCAUGCUAACCGAGUUCAUGCCCAAGAAAUCCUCCUCUGGAGUCGCAGUGAACAAUUUUGCGCGAAAUACCUUCUCUUGCAUCGGCGGUAUUGUUACGGCGCCUAUCAUACAUGGAAUCGGGAAUGGCUGGCUAUUCACCAUCAUAGGACUGGUAGCAUUGGCAAGCUGCUCGGUGAUCUGGGCAAUGAAGAAGUUCGGCCCUCAAUGGCGAGUGUCCAUGGACGCACGACUGGGGUAA